UUGCCGCAUUUACGCAUGAGAAGACAGCACGUGGAUUGAUUCCAUCGCACAGAGAUGCUACCUUAUGCUUGCUAGUAAACAACAGCACAUAGGGUGCAGUGAGUGAUUUUAAAUGUGUAAAAGCCAUCGUGGAAAUAAAUCUCCGGUGCUCACGCGAAAGAAUACGAACCGAUUAUGCGGAUCACUUGUUUGUUUGUUAAUUGCUAUCAAUUAUUAGUAAAACAUUUUAAUUGUACGCUCGCUGGCGGUUGGAAGCAGCAGUGUGAGUUAUGCAAAUAGGAUGGGCAAGCUUAACUGUGGCAGCCCGAUGCAACUUGAGUUGUUCGUGCUUUUCAAUCAUCUCAUAGAAAUAAUACUUCAUGCCACUAUUGGCCUUGAAUUAGUUCACACGGAUGAAGUUUUUUUUUUGUCAUAACUACGAGAGAGAUAUGCGAACUCAACCGGUUGUUGGGACAGACGUGAGAGGAGUGUUGAAUAUUAUUCGAUCUUGCAAAUGCAUCACAGCACUCAUCGCAGAAUUAGAAAAGUGAAUUUAUAAUCCCAUCAAGAAAAGAUGAAUCAUCUCUGACCCAUGCGCAACACGGUGAGAUCAGCAAUCAUUCUAAAACACCUGUACGUAGUCCCACCAAAGGCGAUUUAUUCAAAUCACAAUGAACAAAGUUAAGACACUGUUCCAUUCCACAUCGCUUGACGGUGCUGCCGCCUCGCACAAAUCGAACCGGGCGAAUAAUAACGAUCGACUCGAGCCAGUAGUAGGUUUUAAGCUAGUACUAGACCCCGGUUUGAGUACCGGCUGUGAUAACGGUAAUGGCGAUGCAAGCGGCACCAUAAACAGCAGCAACCAAACGACAGCAGCGAACGAGUCAAACGCGACCGUUCCUGAGCUACAAGUUCAUUUAGUUGGUGCGCGCCACCUACCGAGCAGCUUCGGACUAAAAAACGUCGAGGGGUACAUGGUUAAAAUCAAGCUGUUUCCCGGCGCUGCCAAGUUUGAUUCAUCCAUUCAGACGGCCUCGUGGCCGAUGUUCGGUGAAACUUUCCAUUUCCCACUGGCUGCUAGUCUCAAAUCUUCUUUUCGUGUCAAGAAAAAUCAGCCAAAAGAAAAACCGGAUUUAACGAUCCCGGAAAAAGUAUUUAACGGAAAUUUUGUCGUUUUUACAGUAUUUGCUCUCUUGGAGUUACCUCCUGGGUACACAGCAACAUUCAAGCACAAAACGAUGACUUUCAUACGGCAGGGCAGCCAACGUUUGAAGGACAAACCGGUCAUCGGUAAACUAGUCAAAGACGUUGAACCACCGGAUUCGAAGAGUGCCAACUUUGAUCAGAAGCAAAACCUGAAGAAGCUCACAACCAGUGAAAGCCAACGGAACAUUGGAUCAGUGACGUACUUCCUGGAACCGAAGGCAUUCAAAGAAGUAUGUAAGGGUCGCCUAUUCUCCACCCAGGAGAUGUGGCUUCCGAUAAAAGACAUCACAGUGACGCAACCGGCCGAGUCUCGAGUUACGGUAUUCCAAAGCCCCAAAGGACAGGUGGAAGUAACAUUGCAGCUGUCCGAUUAUACGGAUGUCAACUUCGACCGAAAACAAUCCGCGGAGGAUCUAUCAUUCAAUGUUGACGGUCCGUACUCAUCUACCUCAUCUGGGUGUUCUUCACCUAGUGUUUAUAGUCCUAUGAGUCCCACCAGUCCUACCAGUCCCGCGUCUCCUACCUGUGGUUCUCCAGUUCCAAACUCGGGCUCUUCCCGCAAGAGUCGAUUCAGUUUUAAACGGAUGGUGAAGAGCGUUAAGAACCGAGACAGAAAUCAAAACGGGUUGUGUUUGAAAAUUUCCACCGCUAAGAUUCGCUGUGGAAUAAAGGUCAAGGAAGAGUUCGAGGCAGUUAACGAGAAAAUCUACAUGAAGACGACCGUGCUUGAGCACGAGAUACUAUCGGCAACGUGGAAGUCAGAACCCUUCCGACCGACGCUGUCCACCCGUUGGAAUCCAGAUGAGUGCACCAUUGUGUUGCCGCUAAGCAGCGAGCGCAGUUUGGAUCACGUCUCAAUCCGGGUUGCUUUGGCCGCGAAAAACAAGUUGGGUAAAAAAGUAUACUUGGGGCAACUGUUUCUGGGUCCAAACGCAGCCAACACCAACUCGAUCAAGCAGGACCAAUGGAAAAAAAUGGUGGCCUACAAGGGAUCACCCAUAUCGGCGUGGCAUAGUUUUGAGUAAUUUUAUUAUCGUUAAUUAAUGUUAUAAUUGUCUGCUGUUUUACACACGUCGCACUGGCGAAAAGUUGUUGUAUAUUACUGUGUCAUAUAGUAUUAUUUAAUUAUCUGUUUUCAAAUAAUAAAACACUUAAAUAAUA